AUGCAAUAAACCUAAUAAGUUUUUAGACAAAUCUAUAAAUAUUGUGAACCUUUCCGUACUGGAAACUUAAAAGUAUCUUAAGUCCACACUAUAUACUGGGAAAUAUCUGGUAAUCCAGAAGGUUUACCUGUUGUUAUUCUUCACGGUGGUCCCGGUGGUGGUAGUUUGCCAUUUUACAGAGGUUUUUUUGACCCCUAAAUAUACAAAAUAGUUUAAUUCGACUAACGAGGAAGUGGUAAAUCAACUCCUUUUGCCUGUUUAGAGGAAAAUACUACAUGGCAUUUAGUAGAAGAUAUCGAAAAACUUAGAGAACAUUUAGAAAUAAAAAAAUGGCAUACCGUAUUUGGCGGAAGUUGGGGUUCUACAUUAUCUUUAGCUUACGCAUAAACUCACCCUGAUAAUGUAGGUCAUUUAAUCAUAAGAGGUGUAUUUAUGGUAAGGAGAAAAGAGAUUGAAUUUUUCUAUUAAGAAGGAUCAGAUUGGAUUUUUCCAGAUUUUCAUGAAGAGUUUAAAAAUUUACUUCCAGAAGUUGAGAAAGGACAUAUUUUACAUAAUUAUUAUAGAAGACUGACUGGAAAUAAUGAAGAAGAAAAAUUAAAAUUUGCAAAAGCUUGGACAAAAUGGGAAAUGGCAACUUCUAAAUUAUUAGUAGAUUAAGAAAAUAUAAAAAAAGGUGAAAAUGAUUUAUUUGCUAUUGCCUUUGCAAGAAUUGAAACUCAUUAUUUUGUACAUGGGGCUUUUUUUAAAUCAGAAAAUCAUAUAUUAGAUAAUUGUGAUAAAAUUUAACAUAUUCCUACUGUUAUUGUUUAGGGAAGAUAUGAUGUCGUUUGCCCGGCUAAAUCAGCUUGGGAAUUACAUAAGAAAUUACCAAAUUCUUAAUUAAAUAUUAUACCAGAUGCAGGACAUAGUUGUUCUGAAAAAGGAAUUAUUAAUGCUUUGGUUGAAGCUACAGAUUAGUUUAAAAAUAAUAAAAUUUGA